CUCCUCCGGGAUGCUCGCUCGCUCGCAGGGUAGGGUUCGGCGAAACGGAGCUCGUCAGGUCGUCUCGUCAAUUCCUCUUUUGGUCUUGUUCCAUCAGUGCUCUUUAUUGAAGGAAUCUCAAAAGAUGAUGGAUGCUGGAAAUGUGAGCUUUGGAGCUGUCAAUAGGGCUAUAGAGGAGUGGGAGGAAUCUAUUUGGAGUUUUAGCUGUGGAGCCUUUUGGAGUGCUUGGGCAAUGGAGCUUGGGGAGCACCAUUCGCAUCAAGAGUUGCUUUAUUGGGUUUACAUCUUUAGUGCUGAUCAUGAGUGCUCGGUUGAGUCGUACCAUUUAUGUGGGCAACCUUCCUAUAGACAUACGAGAAUCAGAAGUUGAAGAUUUAUUUUACAAGUAUGGCCACGUAGUGGAAAUUCAAUUGAAGAAUCCACCUCGCCCUCCUGGUUAUUGUUUUGUUGAGUUUGAAAGUUCACGAGAUGCUGAAGAUGCAGUCAGGGGUCGCGAUGGCUACAACUUUGAUGGGCACCGUCUUAGGGUUGAGCUAGCCCAUGGUGGCAGAGGACAGUCAGUUUCGGUUGGACGAGGUGGUCGCCAUGGGAGUGGAGGCAGCAAAUUUGGAGUUUCACACCGUUCUGAAUUUCGAGUAAUUGUGAAGGGACUUCCUUCUUCAGCUUCAUGGCAGGAUCUGAAGGAUCAUAUGAGGAAGGCUGGAGAUGUAUGUUUUGCGCAAGUUUUCCGUGAUGGUGAUGGUGCGAUGGGUUUGGUUGAUUAUACUAAUUAUGAAGACAUGAAAUAUGCAAUAAGGAAACUUGAUGACACUGAGUUUAGAAAUCCCUUUUCGAGGUCCUAUAUUCGGGUAAAAAGCUACGAGAGAAGUAUGUCAAAGAGUCGAAGCCAAAGCCGAAGCCGCAGCAGAAGCAGAGGCCCUAGACGGAGUCGGAGCAAAUCAAUUGAACGGCCUCUAUCACGAUCAGUAUCCAAGUCUGCAUCUCCAAGACCCAGAUCUGUGUCUCCAGCCAGAAUGUCAAGAUCAAGGUCUAGAUCAAAGUCAGGCUGACUAUGCCAGGUUUCACGACUACUCCAUAGAGUCUCCAGUUGCGGGUCUGAAACCUUCAUCCGUUUAAUGCUCUCCAACCUACUGCGUUGCUUCACUCUAUGCAUGAAGUUUAGUUUGAGGUAUUACUGUUUUGAAUUCUAUGUAUAAGAGCUUGCGCACAAGGAUGGCUGAAUCACUUCUUUGUGUUUGUUUUCCCUUUAAAAUGGUGGAUCAAACUUUGUCGAC